GUGACGUUGGGAGUAGCUCACCACAUUGGGAGCAAAGCACGUGGUCACGUGGUCAGCAAACAAACAACAGCUGAGUCGCUGAGUGAGUCUAGCAACGAAUGGAAGUAAUCGAAGACGGCUUGUUCAAGCGGCGAAAACCCUUCGCCAUAAGGCGUGAAGAAGCAGCCGGCAUACGACGCAGGUUCUCUACGAAGAUCCCUGUAAUAGUGGAGCGUUAUUCCAAGGAGAAAUAUCUGCCUUCACUGGACAAGACCAAAUUCCUGGUGCCUCAAGAACUGACCAUGUCACAGUUUGUUGCCAUAGUCAGGAACCGGUUGGAACUCGGAGCAAACCAGUCUUUUUAUCUGCUAGUGAACAAUCGCAGCAUGGCCUGUUUAUCAAAGCCCCUCUACCAGAUCUAUGAAGAGUGCAGAGAUGAGGAUGGGUUCCUCUACGUCACCUAUGCUUCACAAGAGAUGUUUGGGAAAUGACAGGAGGAUGGCCGCUCACUUGACCAGGAUGAUGAGACGUACCUGGAGCGGACGCCAUGGGAGCCGCGGCCAUCUUUAAAAUUAUAAAGCCGGUUUCUGCGGCGCCACUGGCUGGCUGCACCAACUGUACAUUGUGGAAAUCCUGGAACCCUUUUAUAAUUUAUUGUAUCUUCGAAAUAUACUUGUGUUUACAUUUCUA